AUGAGUUCGGAAUUCAGCGCAAUACACUUGAAGCAUGCCAUUCCAGACCUCACGGGGGCAUUCGACAUCACUUGCCCUCCUGGUACAGAUCUCUGGGACAAGCCUCCUGCAACACAUUCCAACAAUGCCCCAGUGGUUUACAAGACAACGACCAAAGCUGCCCUUCAGUCGGCAAAGGUAACCGUGUCCGCCGGCUGGAAGGACAAGUAUGACCAAGGUGGUCUCUGUCUGAUCAUAAGAUCUGGCGAAAACAUACGCUGGGUCAAGGCGGGUAUUGAAUUUGUGCACGAGAAACCAAAUGUCAGCGUGGUGGCCAAGGAUAGAUGGUCCGACUGGAGUCUCCGGCCUCUGGCGUCCGCGGCAAGCAACAGCGCCACCAUUGAGCUGGAAAAUGCCAGUGACGGUAGUCUAUGGGUAUGGCUCGUGGGAGAUGGGCAAAGACACCCUCUGCGAGAAGUGACAUGGUGGGGAGAGCUCGAUGGCAAGACCGAAUGCUGGGUUGGCCCUUUUGCCGCCAAACCUGCGCCUCAUGGUGAGCAGGAUGAUCUAGUUGUUCACUUUGAGGAUCUAUCUAUCAAGACUGCCUGA